AUUCACGUUGUUGAUUAACAUGCGAAGAAUUGGAGUUCAUCAACAUGCGAAGUAAAAGUUAAUAAAGAAUAAUAUCUAGGGCUUCAUCUUGCACACUAACCUUCCCCAUUCUCCGGUUCUACAUACCCCAGACAUAAUGAUACAAUUAAGCUCCUGCUCCUUGAUUCUCUUAAAGGUUUUAUCUGUUUUGUGUUUUCAGAAACCCUCGAAGAAUUGGAGUUCGAAGGUGGCAUGGAACCAUCACCAUCAACGCGAUACAAUCUGCGAUCUCGUGGUCGUAUAAUCGGCAACCGCCUUUUGAGGUUACGCCGAGGAGUUCCAGUCUAUAAUCAUCACCACUCAUGGUUGUUACUUGUUACAAGCUUCAUGCUUUCUCUUCUAAUUAUUAUUUGUUUACUUAAUUAUCAUUCCUGCCAAAUUAGUGAUAUAUUGGUUUUUUUUUUCUCUAUGUUUUUCCUUUACAAAUCAAUUUUGCUUGCAAUCAAAGUCAAAAGCCUUGUAGGCCCUCCGUUAAAAAAACAAAAGCCUUGUGGACCCUCGAUACUUAGAGGAACUGAUGAGGAACUAGGAAAUCAAAGGCCACAUGAUUGUAAGAUUAGAAAAGAACAACGGAGACAAAGUAGAUUACGUUUUAUGGAGAAGUAUCGGGCUUAUCCAUUUGUGGCAAUGCAACACUACAACAGAAUGCUAAAAGAGGAAGAACAGUACAAAGUUUAUGAUCGUGGAGAUGGGAUUAUGUCGGCUUACAAAAAAGUUGGUGUUUUUCAUCAACUGCACAUUUUGGGGGUGCCAAAAUCUUUUGAAUACAUGCAGAACUCAUCGGAUGAUGAUGUUCCUGUUAAGCACUUUUAUGCCCGGAUCCAUCAAGCACCCAAAAGGAAUACUCAUGUAGAUUACUGUGAGCCUUUUGAAGGAGAAGGACCUCCAUGGAAAGGUCUUGAUAUUACCCGAGUCGUUCCCUUGUGCUGUAAAUUUUGUGGUCUUGCAAAUGGGCGUGCUAUCAAGUCAAGAUCAUUAGAAUUGAGCGAGCAAGCUAAAGCUAAUGGAGAAGAUUCGGAUUCAGACUACUGGGAUGGUUACUCGGACCCUAAUGCCCCUAAAAAAGAAAUCAGAGGAGCAUUAGCAGAAUUUAGGAGAAGGCGUUGAACCUAUCUUAGAAGACUUUAAGGACCAAUGUUCGAUCUUGAAAGCACUUCAGGGUUAUAAUGCCAAAAUCUCAAGUAGGCACACUCAUAUCUAUUUGGAUCUUUACAGGCCUUAGACUUCUUGAAUAUUCUAUUUUAUUUUAUUUUUAUGUAGAAUUCGACUUUUUUUAGCGCGGUCUUCUUUAUUUCUAGCAUUGAGAAUUCUCUUUUAAGACUCCAUGAACAAUUAAUGAAAACCUCUUUUAUUCA